GGAGGCAGCAGCGGCAGGAGCAGGCCCGGCUGCCCCUGCGGAACCAGAACCCCGGAACCCCCCAUGCCCCGCCGCCCUCAGGAUGCCGAACUCUCGGGCCUCGUGGCUGCUGCUGCUGCUGUCUCUAUGGGGGCCGCUGGUCUGGAGGGCGGAGACAGGCUCUGAGGGGCAGACGGCGGUUGAGCUGUACCAGCGCUGGGAACGGUACCGCAGGGAAUGCCAGGAAACCUUGGUGGCAGCAGUGCCCCCCUUAGGGCUCGCCUGUAACGGGUCCUUCGAUAUGUAUAUUUGCUGGGACUACACUGCACCCAACGCCACUGCCCGUGCGUCCUGUCCCUGGUACCUACCCUGGUACCACCACGUGGCUGCGGGCUUCGUCCUCCGCCAAUGUGGGAGUGAUGGCCAGUGGGGACCUUGGAGGGACCAUUCCCAGUGUGAGGACCCAGAGAAGAACGGGGCCUUCCAGGACCAAAGGCUGAUCUUGGAGCAGCUGCAGGUUGUGUAUACCGUGGGCUACUCCCUGUCCCUCGCCACGCUGCUGCUGGCCCUCUUCUUCUUGAGUUUCUUCAGGAGGCUGCACUGCACUCGCAACUAUAUCCACAUCAACCUGUUCACCUCCUUCAUCCUGCGGGCGGCAGCCAUCCUCACCCGAGACCGGCUGCUGCCUCCACCCGGCCCCUACCCUGGGGAUCGGGCCCCAGCUCUCUGGAAUCAGGCCCUAGCCUCCUGCCGCACAGCCCAGAUCGUAACCCAGUACUGCGUGGGCGCCAACUACACGUGGCUGCUGGUGGAGGGCGUCUACCUGCACAGUCUCCUGGUGGUGGUGGGAGGCUCCGAGGGGGGCCACUUCCGCUGCUACCUGCUCCUCGGCUGGGGGGCCCCCGCGCUUUUCGUCAUUCCCUGGGUGAUCGUCAGGUACCUGUACGAGAACACGCAGUGCUGGGAGAGGAACGAUGUCAAAGCCAUCUGGUGGAUCAUCCGCACCCCCAUCCUUAUGACCAUCCUGAUUAAUUUCCUCAUCUUCAUCCGCAUUCUUGGCAUCCUCGUGUCCAAGCUGAGGACGCGGCAGAUGCGCUGUCCCGAUUACCGGCUGAGGCUGGCGCGCUCCACGCUGACGCUGGUGCCCCUGCUGGGCGUCCACGAGGUGGUAUUUGCGCCCGUGACGGAGGAACAGGCCCACGGCACCCUGCGGUUCGCCAAACUGGGCUUUGAGAUCUUCCUCAGCUCCUUCCAGGGAUUCCUGGUCAGCGUCCUCUACUGCUUCGUCAACAAGGAGGUGCAGUCGGAGAUCCGCCGCGGCUGGCACCGCUGCCUCCUGCGCCGCGGCCUCGGCGACCAGCAGCGCCACCCGCCUGAGCGCGCCUCCCGGGCCCUGCGCUCGGGCUCCGGCCCCGGCGAGGUCCCCGCCGGCCGCGCCCUGUCCUCGGGGACCCUCCCACGGCCUGCGGAUGAGGCCAGCCGGGUCUUGGAAAGUUACUGCUAG